AUGAAUAGCACCAGGGAUUCACUUAGGUUCUUGAGUGUUUCUGAUAUACAAGGUAAUAUACAUGCCUUACAAGAUUUGUAUGAUAAUGAACUUAAGAAGCAAAAUCCAAUUGACUUCAUACUUCAUACGGGAAAUUUUGGAUUUUGGAAUCACGAAACUAUAGAUAUAUAUCAAGAUUUGCUGUAUUUGAAGCAAAUAGUAGCAUUCCUGGAAGUGUUAGAUAAAUCUAUCGUUAAUGAUUUGAACGAUUUAUCAACUGUUCAAGCAAAGAAUGCUAAUCCAACGGAUGAAAUUAAUGUCUUCAAACAAAAGCUUAAAGAUUCAAAGAAGAGUAUUUCACAACUAGACUCAUAUAUAAAUGGUCAAUUUAAGCUUCCAUGUCCAGUUUAUACCAUAUUUGGACCAUUAGAUGAUCCACAGAUAAUAAAUAAAUUUCAAUCGGGAGAAUCACAAAUCCCGAAUUUACAUUUGAUAGACCAUACAAAGUGUUAUGAAAUCCCGAGUCCAUUAGAAUCCCAGCCUAAUAUUAGAUUAUAUGGACUUGGUGGUAAUUUAAAAAUACACAGCUUAUUCGAUAACGGUAAUUUUCAUUAUAAUUCAAUAUCGGGUAAAAUUGGGGACUUAUGGAUAACCUUACUCCAAAUAGCUGAAUUGUAUAUAAAUUUUAUGAAUAAUGGGAACAAGAAGACCAUUAAUAUAUUCAUGUCCCAUGCUCCAGUUAUCAAGACUCCAUUACUAGAACACUUGGCAAUUUUAACAAAUGCAGAUUUUACAAUUAGUCAAGGUUUACAUUUUAGAUACCCGGUAAUGGGCAACGGAAUGAGUUUUGUUGACAGUAUGGGAGGAAGCGCUGGAUAUAUCGAAAAUUACCGAUCGAAGUUCUCUCGGUUACGAAUGAUAUUAGGGGAGUAUUGGUUGGCCAUCAAGCCUGACUUAAGUGCAUUAUUACAAGAGACAGAAGAACAUGAAAGAGCAAACAUAGCUAAACUAAUAGAAAUGGGUCUAAGCUUAUUCGAUAAAAUACCCAUUUCGAUAAACGAUUCUAUAGAUAAGAUAAUACCCUUGACAUUGGAUGAUUCUGUGCCUGAAGACACGGGGACAAGUAAAAAAAUAUUGAAAAAAAUCAAUGAUUAUUACUUUUCAGCAUACUAUAACUUAUGGCACUUCAAUUUAUGUGAUCACGUCAUUAAUUCUUCAGAAAGUGACUAUAAUAUAAUGAUUUUCAAAUUGAAUAAGUAUGGAAAUUUUAAAUUAGACUACUGUAAUAGUCAGGGAUUUAAUUUUAACUUCAAAUUGCAGGAUGGAGAUGACGAAAACGAAGAAACAGAAGAAUACUAUGAUACAGAAGAUGUUGAUUCGAGAUAUUCGUUCAAUGCGAUUGAGUAUUCUCCAAAAACAGGAAUUAAAAAAGCAGUUGUUAUAAACAACCUUGAAAAUGAAGAAAACGGAGAUGCAGAGGAACAUAAUGAAUCUGACGACGAAUACAAUAAUGACUACAUGGAUGAAGACAAUGAUGAUGAAAUUGAAAGAAGAAAGCGAUUUGCAUUACGAGGAAGAAGAGGACGUGGAAGAGGCAGAGGAAGAUCUUUUCGGGGAAAAAUAAGAGGUAGGGGAAGGCAGUAG